CAUUUCCGAGCGCGGCAUCCUCCCGGCGCCCGGCUGCGGGCAGCGCUCCUCCGGCGCCCGCGUCGCCUCGUCCGCUCCUUCGCGCGCCUGCGAUGGCGCGCCUGGCGCCCCCGCCGCGCCUGCUGUGGCGCCGCCCGCGCCUGCUGCUGGCCGGGGGGCUGCUGGCCGGGCUGGGCGCGCUCUCGGCGGCGGCGGGCUUCCUGGCCAGCGGCGGCCACGAGGAGCUGCUCUCGCGCUGGCUGCCGCCGCCCGCCGGGGCGCGCGCCCGGGCCCCCGCCGCCUCGCUGCCGCCCGCGGGCGCCUUCCCGCUGCGCCCGACGCCGCCCGACUGCGGGCCCGGCGCGCCCUUCCUGCUGGUGCUGGUGGCCAGCGCGGCCGGGCACGCCGAGCAGCGCCAGGCGGUGCGGCGGAGCUGGGGGGCCGCCCGCUGGGCCGGGGGCGGCGCCGUGCGGACCCUCUUCGUGCUGGGGCUGCCCGCCGACGCCGCCCUGCAGGCCGGCCUGGAGGAGGAGGCGCGGCGGCACGGGGACCUCGUGCAGGGCCGCUUCCAGGACACCUACGCCAACCUGACCCUCAAGACGCUGGCCCUGCUGGGCUGGGCCGCCGGCCAGUGCCCCGCAGCCCGCUUCGUGGUCAAGGCCGACGACGACGUCUUCCUGAACCUGCCCGCCCUGGCCCGCCACCUGGCGGCGCUGGCCAGACCCCGCGGCACCUACCUGGGCCGCGUCCACUGGCGGGUGCGGCCCGAACGGGACCCCAGCAGCCGCCACCACGUCCCUGCGGCCCUGUACCCGCCCGACGUUUUCCCCCCGUACUGCAGCGGCACGACCUACGUCCUCUCGGGGGACACCGUGGCCGCCCUCCUGGCAGUCGCCCCCAGCGUGCCCCUGGUGCCCGUCGAGGAUGUCUUCGUGGGCCUCUGCGCCCAGCAGGCCGGGAUCGCCCCUCUGCACGUGGCCCGCAUGGCCGGAGCGGCCCACUUCCCUCUUGACCUCUGCUGCUACCAGGAGGUGCUGUACAGCGUCCAUAGCGUGGCGCCCUCCGAGAUGCUGGACGUGUGGCAAAGGGCCCGGGGCCAGGAAGAGGUCUGCAGCCCCUGGCAGCGCACUUUCGGGAUUCUCCGGUGCAGGAUACUGGCGUGGUUGGCAGCCACCUGAUGAGGCUGUCCACAGACAAGUGGGGCCAGCAGUGGGAGCCUCUCCCCCACUAACUGGGCUGGGGGGUUUCUGGCCUUCUGCCCAGCCAGCCUCCCCUGGCCCAGGUAACAGGACAGAGACGCUCAGUUAAUUGCUCUGUUUUUGGGGAUUGGGGGGGGGGGUCAGGAGGCCACAUGGGCCUUCUUCUGAAGGAGGACAUCCAUCUUGUCUACUCAGGCUGGCAGUGAGAGCUGCUGUAGUGUAGUGGUUAAGUGGUUGGGUUGUGAACCAGCACUCUUGUCAGUUUGACUCCCACUUCUACUGUGAGCCUUGGGUAAGCCAUUCCUCCCAGCCCCGGAUUCCCAGUUGAACUGGGGGGGAUAAUGGUAACACUAGCUUUGUUCACCACUGUGAGGGGGAGGCGCAUUAGUGUUGUUGUUGUUGUUCAGUGGCUCUCUGGGGUCUCAGGUCAAGGGCUUUCGCGUAUUCGCAUGGUGGGGGGGCAGCCUGUCUUCUGGCUCACCUGGCGCAAGGCCACAGUGUUAAAGAGACCAAAACCCAAACUUUUCAAAAUACAGGCCCUAUACCCAUUCUGACCCUCUGGGCGUUGGCAGUGAUGCUGACCCCGCUGUGUGGACCCAAGAACUCCAAGGAUUCGGGGCGGGGUUGGGGGCUCUGCAGUAUUUGCCAAAAGAUGCUGUACUCCCUUUAGGGUUGCCAGGUCUGGGUUAGGAAACUCCUGGAGAUUUGUGUGUGAAGCCUGGUGGGGGUGGGGUUUGGGGAGGGGGGCCUCAGUGGGGUAUAAUGCCAUAGAGUGCCCCCUCCAAAGAGGCCAUUUUUCUCCAGGGGAACUGAUCUUUCUCCUCUGGAGAUCAGUUGUAAUUAUGGGAGCUCUCCAGUCGCCACCUGGAGGCUGGCAACCCUAGCUCCCUCUCAGCUCCCCUUGCAGCAGAGCCUGUUUAUAAGGGGCAGGAUAUACCUUCAAGUUACCUCCCGGCCUGUCUCUGGCGCUUGGACAUGGGACUUGGACUCCCUGAGGUCCAUGCUUUCGUUAGCUUGAGCCGUUUUACUUUUUACGCUUUUAGACUUCGGGUCUUUAUUUCUGCUGUAUUUUGUUCUUCCCACAUGGAAGAAGAAUACGUUUUAAAAUCUUUCUAAAGUUGCCAAAGAACUCCAGGCCUGGGCUGGCCUGGUUUGUAGUUCCAGGCCCCGCAGUUCUGUGCGUUGUCCUCCCCUCCUGCUACUCCUACAGGAGUCUGAGGGUCGAGAGGCCCACAAGUCUGGGAGGGCCCUGUCUGUUCAUGCUUCAUGGAUCCUUGAACAGGUAGCUGUGAACCUGCAACAGCUCGCUCACUAGGAGA